AUGGCUGCAGUGGUUGCCGGCGGCGGAGCGCCUCCGCCACCCCGGCCGAACGCGCCGGCGGCAGCGCCGCGGAACCAGCCGCCUGGAGGCUCCAAGGGUCAGUUUCCGACUCGCGAGGACUCUCCGCGCAUGCGCCCUUUUUCUGCGCUGCUGCCUCCACGCCUUUCCUCUGUGGUCCUGUCUUUCUGCGUCGGCUCCUCUGUUCAAAUCGGCCGCAGGAUUGUUUCCUACUUUUUCUGGGUCGGCCUCCUCUACCUCCUCGGAGCCAUCGUCCUUGUCACAGGUUUCCAGUAUACGGUGCCUCGAGUCGAUACGGAGAUUGCUUGUCCUAUGAAGCCCAGUGUCUACCUCUUCUCCGGCGCGUGGUUUUUGCAGAGCCUUGUUCUCUUCUUCACAUGCUGGGGUUACUCAACCAUCAGUGCGUCCUCCUCCACCGCGUCGGUCUCGACGCCUGCGCCCAUCGACGACAGCCAAGCGACCGGCCUCCGCUUCGAGCGUCUCACGACGGGGUUGUCUGUGCUGGGCGUUUUCGUGAAGACCGUGCCGACUUGGAUUCGCCUCUUUCACGUAUUCAACAUGUGCCAAACAAUCGUUUGGAUCCUUGAUCUUCUUCUCCUCCCGGAAUGCAAUGAAUCAGGGUUGAGGUGGAUUGUGGCGAUCAUUCUCGUCUUCUGGUGGAUCGUCGUCGCGGUCGGCGUCCUCGCGAAGCGGCGCAUCUUCGUGCCGCCUGCCCUCUAUGACCCCAUUCGUCCCGGACAGGGGGCUCUCCGAUCUAUACGGCAUUUGCUUCGAGGAUUUGGGCCUUGA